UUACUGCGUUUUCUCCCCGGCAUUCUUUGGAGAGUUGAAAAUGAAAUGAUGGCAAAAAUAUUUUCCCUUGCCAACGAGUUAUUGGCCUCAAUCUUCAAACACCUAAAUGGAAUCGAACUUGCCGUUGUUGCAAGAACAUGCCAAAGAUUCCACGACGCUUCGUUGAUAGAUCAAAUAUGGCAACAUUUGUGCUUCAGAGGUAAGUUUUACAAUACAAUCAUGUCUUCAGCAAUUCUAAGGGACACGCAAAGAACGGUUGCGGUAUAAAAUCUUUGUAUUUUAAUUGCGGAAUGUGAUCUCAAAUGAACGUGAAAGCAGACACGAUGGCCGGGAUUGAAAUGAUCUGAGUUUAUAUAAAGUUUUAAUCGAUAAUUUCUUUUCAAAUAUUACACUGUAAAGCUUUUAUUUAUACACUUGACUCAGAAGAAGGUGUGAGGUCAUCAACAAGGAAGGUUUAAUAUUGCAACUGAAACUCUGUUAUUGAACAGUUAAGCUUACACGUUUUUCUCCUCGUUGUGACGAAUUGGAAAUGUCAACAACAUUUCCGGAUUAACUUACGUAUGUACGUAAAUGUCGAACUUGUAUUUGUGGCUGUACAAAACUCUUGACAGUACUGCUGACGGUAGCACCUUUUUUUUUCGCUUUCAGCAACGUUCAUGUUCAGCCAGUAACCAGUCAAGUUGUUCGAAUGUUAUGUGUCACCUAAAUAUCAUUAUUGAUUAUGUAAUACAUAACCAUCAAAGCGAAUACUUUUUAAUUAAAUGUAGGAAUCUUUGAAAUAGCUUAAGAAAACAGUCGACCUUUCGCGACACAACCACUUCUUCCUCAACGAAACUAUACCCUAGGAGUGACCGCAGAAAUUCCUUGCUAAGGAUGUGUACUACUUAGAUCUGGGUAGUGCUUCUGAUUGGUUGAAGGAAGUUUCCCACACUGCAUGGCCAUUCAGAAGCACAGCCCACUUUGCAGACUGGUGCGGCUGACCUAAUCUUUAUAACUGAAAUGCAUUAAAGGGGCUGUGUCACGGCAGUCCAGUUCAUUUUGUUUAAUCUUGCCAAUUAUUCACCCUUGAUCACUAUGGAAUUUAAAGUAAGUAAAGAAAUUACAUGUAAAUGACAAAAUCAGAGAUUCGAGACAAACAAAUAUGUCUCCUGAGCAUUAUUUUUGAAGUUGCAAGCAGCAGGGAUCAACGUUGAAAAACUGUUAGGCUGAACAGUUUUUGAAAAUCCUAAUUUCAAUCCGUUUCAAUCUUCUUGAGUUUUGCCCAUGCGUGACAUCUGUUGUAUCUGUUUUGUUAUUUUAACCUUCCUUUAAAGUUUGAAGCGGUGAUUUUUAUGUUUCUCCUAAUUUAACGGGCAUUUUGUAAUUUCCUAAUUUGGGCUGAAUUUCGUGACACAGCUCCUUUAAAUAUAUUAAAACAGGCAAGCAAGCUAUCAGAACUAUCAGCCCACAUAUCAUACCAAUGCUCAGAUUGUUUUGAAUACCUUAAAAAAUCCCUUCUUAAAUCAACACACUCAAAAAUAAUUUCCUAACCCCAAAAAAUGUCAGACUGAAAAAUUUCAAACCUCAAAAAUCUUUUGAUCAUCGCUGCCAUUUAAAUUAUCCCUGUUACCUUUUCAAACUAAAUUCUGUUUCUAGAGUACGGUGUAUUCUCACUGGAGCAGUGGUCUCUCACUUCCUUUCGGGAUUUGUAUAUUCUGGGUAAGUUUUGUACAUUGUAAGUUUUGUAAGUUUUGUUUUAUCUUAGAAAUGUAGACUAGUUUGACUCAAGUGAUGGUGUUGUCCUCUAAAUUCGCAUGUUUCUUUUUGUUAUUUUCACUGUUUAAUCCUCAACUGAAAGACCUUUUUAUUUUGAUGCUGAUUACCAUAACAAGGUUCUGAAGUUCUUUUAUUCUAGAGUGCAACGUUUUUUGAUUUGACAGCUACUUGUUAAUUUGCUUUGGUUACUUUCUAGAGUUUGUUACGUCAGCUAAGUUUUUUUUUCACAACUGUUAUCAUAGUUCUGCACAAGUAUGGCUGUCUGCUUGGGGUUUGGAAAUGCAAUAUAAAUCCCUAUGGUGGCUUGGUGCACAUUAAGGUAUGGCAACAAAGUUGUUAUUGUUGUUGUUCUUGUUUUUUUGCACAAACUUUAAUCCUUUUUCCCUUGUCCGUCCUGCAAUUCUCAUGUUUUACCUGGAGCACAUGACAUUAAGGUUUGUGUCAGUUCUAUUUUUUCUAGUUUUUUUUUGUAGCAUGAAUAACUAAAGGUGGACUACAAAUUUGCCAUUGAAGUUCGAGACGGAUCCUAGAUAAUCAGUGGACGCGAUAUUCACUUGUUUAUUAUGUUUGAUUCCGUUAUUACCAGACAAAGUUUUGAGAAGAUCUGUGAGGAGAGUCGUUUACACCGGACACAGCUGAAACUACGGUUCAUAACUUAAAUCGAACGACCAAUAUGUGGCUUGGUUCUCAAGGGAUUCCCGAGUGCUGCCAAGAUGAUGUUAAUUAUGAUGACACUCAUCCAAGUUUACUGUGAGGAUGAUGUUCGAGGUUCAAGAAGGUCUAAUGUUUUCAGAUCAAGUGCAAUUGUACAUGAAAACGAAUUUAAAGUAAUGUUACAAAAGGUUCUAUCUUGAGAAAAGAGCCGUUGAAAAGCCGAACUAAAGUAAGGCGAUUAAAGGGAGAACACUUAAACAAAGAAAAUCAAAUCAAAGUAGCUGAGGAUGCUGUAGAGUUGGCUAAGACCAAGGUCCAGUUUUAAGAGGAGCUAGAGGAUGCCUUUAGAAGUCCUAUUAGCGGAGCAAAUAGUGUACAAGACAUAAGCUGUGAGAAACAAACCAAAGACAUUAAGCUGUGAGAAACAAACCAAAGACAUUAAACCCAUAACCACAGUAAGGAUUUGAAGAAAGGAUUCAUCAGCUUGGAUUUUACAGGACAUAAAUCCAAGUUGAGAGAUGGGGAGUCAGUAUUACGCGCACCGUAAGCUCAGAAAUCAGGGGGUCGAGCGGCUGUCCACGAUGGACGUAUGUUAGCGAGCUCGCUUUAGAGAGGUACAGAAAAGUUUUAAAAAUGUGAAUUCAGACAAGUAUGACUAAAUCGGGAAGAAGGAAAAGAAAAAAGGUCAGUAGUUCAUCGAGUUUUGAGGGUAAUACAACAGUCCAGCCAGAGGAAGACGAAGAGUCUGACACAGAAAACGGUCUGCAACAAUGGCGGCUAACGACAACGCGAGUGAAACUCCUUCGCUAAUUGAAAUAUGGAAGGUUCUAACGCAAAUCAAAACAAAUACGAAAAAGCUGGUCUUAGACAUGGAAUCCCUUAAAGGAAAUUACAAAGAGCUAAAAGAAAAUUUAUAAAAUACCAAAGGACAAGUCGACACUCUUGUCAAAGAAAAUAAAGGCUUAAAAAGGAAGGUAAAAUCACUCAAGGAGCAGCUAUUAGAGUCCAAGAAGGAGGUGGAAGAGUUGGAUGAAAGGCUCGAAGAUAUCGAAGCCAGACAUGAUGACCUCGAGCAAUAUACUCGAAAAUUCAAUCUGGUUAUACACGGAAUCGCUGAAGUUGGAGAAGAAGAUAUUAAACGUAGCGAAUGUUGUUACAGUGGGAAAACGUCUGCAAGUGAAUUUAACACCCGGCGGCAUAGACAUUGUGCAUCGAAUGAACACGAAAAGCAAAGACAAGCCCCGACCAAUCAUCGCCCAAAUUUAGCAACUACAACGCAAAAAGCAAGCUGUACAAAGCUACACUAAAUCUUCGAAAUACUGACUUGAAAGAUGCAGGAGCAGAGAAGAUAUUUAUAAACGGAGAGCCGAGCUUUUCAAAGAGGCGAGAAAAGUGAAAAAAAAAAUAUAUCGCAAUGGUAAGACAUGGACUGUUGAUGGCAAAAUGUUUUAGACAUCACCGCUGAAGUAUUGAGAAUUGACUCCCACGAAGAUCUGAAAGGCCUUUAAUUUUUGAGACGGACUGCGGAAGAAAAAGAGAAAAAAAACAACGAUCAUCUCCGAAUACUAACUUUUCUCCUACAUACUUAGUAAAUUACUACAGCUGUCUUAAAUGUACCUAUCCAGCUAGCACCAAUGAGCUUUCUUUUAGGCCAGUUGGUUUUUUAUUAUCCGGGAGAGGUAAGUAAUUUGUAUCUUUGUUUGUCUGUCCCUUUUUUCGUUUGUUUCAGUGUUUAGUUUUUGUUUAAAUCUAAUCAACGUUAAUGUUCGAGUGUUUUGUCGCUUAACGUGAGAGGUUUAUGAAAUCGAGAAAAAAGAAGAUCAAUAUUUACAUGCUUGAAAAACCAAAAAGCUAGCGUUUAUUUUCUUCAAGAAACCUUGUCGAACUCUAGAGAUGAGAAGGUUUGGGCGGCGGAAUGGGGUGGUCAAAUUUUUUUGUUCACAUGGAUCAGAUCAUUCCAACGGCGUGUGUUAUUAGGCUGAUUUAGCAACGGAACGGGAACGUCUGUUGACGACUGCGCGCGCAAAUCAAACGACUGGAUUGACCAAUGGCAGAGCGGCAAAUUGAGUCCCGGAAGUCGAGUUUAGUCCUUUCCACGCGCUUACCCGUCGGCAAAUUACAUUCCCGUUCUGUUGCUAAAUCAGCCUAUUAAAGCCGAACUCGACACCAAUGGGAGAUUUAUAAUUUUGCGUCUAAAAACACAGGGUGAGGCCAGGUUAGAUGUGGUCAAUGUUUAUGUCCCCACAGAUAAUCGUGAACAAAAGGAGUUCCUCGAUUCUUUUUACAAAAAAAUUAUAUCGUUGACUGAUACUUCUAAUUUAGUAAUGGCAGGUGACUGGAAUACAACAAUAAGUCCAUUAGGUAAGCAAGGAGGUCUUACUUGGGAAGAAACUAAGUAUAGAAAUUCAUUAAUUCAUUUCAUAAAAGAGAUCAAUUUAGUUUACCGCGAAAUGCAUCCUAAAAAUAAAUCCAACACAUACGAAUCAAAGCCUUUGAAAUUAAAAUCCCGAAGAGAUUUUUUCUUAGUAAGUGGUAAAUACAAGCCAGAUAUUACUAAGGUGGAAACGCGGUUAUCGAUCGCAGCUGAUCACAAAGCAGUCUUCUUAAGCAUGAAUGUUAACGAGGAAUUUAAACGUGGACAAUAAAUUAAGAGAAUUUAGUUACAAAAUUCUCCAAAGAAUUGUAGUGACCAAUAAAAAACUUAAGAAAUUCAAAAUCAGAAAUGAUGGUCUUUGUGAUCAGUGCAAGAAUCCUGAUUCACUGGAGCAUACCUUCUUACAAUGCCCUGUAAAUGUUAAAUUUGUAUCAUGAAAAUUUAUCAUUGUGUUAUGUGUCCCAUAAUACUCUUAUAAAUCUUUCCUCUGAACAAAUUCUGAUGCAAAAAUAUAUCCCUGGGGCCCGUUUCUCGAAGCUCCCGGUAAUUACCGGGCCCGUUAAGCUGUUUUGUUUUCCAUUUUAGAAGGGAGUUUUAAAAGUUUUGAAAAUCAUACAGUAGAGUUAUUAGCUAACGAAACAAAAUGGACUUCAUUAGAGGUCAGAACACAUCCUACUUUUCUUGAGACUUUGAUUUAAAAAUAUGAUUCCGGGCCCGUUAAGUUACCGGGACUUUCGAGAAACGGGCCCCUGGUCCUAUAAGUGAUAACCUCAGACGCCGCCUAGAAUUACUCAUCCUGUUUAUUAAAAAGUAUGUAUAUAGUUGUAAAAUUAAUGUGAUGCCCCUUAACUGUACGCAGUGUAUAAAUAAUUUAAAAACACAGUGGAAAAUAGGAAGAUUAACUUAAAGUAAUUAUUAUCUCUCUUAGCCUUCGUACGUGUAAUUAAUUAAUAAUUAAGCUAAUAAUGUAAGUUGUGAGCAAUGAUGUUGUAAAUUAGUAUUACGUAUGUUGAUGUCAGUAAUUUUCAUCUACUUUUUUUGUUCUCUUUCCCUUUUAGUGUGUUUCUGUAUUUUUGUUUUUCAAUGUCAUUAUUGCAAAUAAAUAAAAAAUAAGCUCAGAAAUCAGCAUCCACAAUGGCGUGAGAAAACAGCCGAAAUUCCAUCAGCAUGGAAUUUCCGUGGGGAAGGCCCUUUAAUAUUGUUGCCUGCAACAUAUUGGACAACUGCAUGCAGUGACAAAGGUAUGAGUUGAUGGGUCAAGCCUUUCAAAAAACGAUGGACAAGAAGCGUUGGAGAUUGCUGACUGCUUAAGGACUCUCUAGGAAAUGAACACCUGAAAUUUCGCAAUAAUGUCGAGGAAGCUACUGCCUGUUGCGGUGCAGAUUAAGUAGACAGAUGAGUCUUUCCAAUUAAGGGAAGGUUAAGGUUCUCUUUUUGGAGAGGCUAGAGAGACAAAGCAGUUCCUUCAGAGAAGAAACCCAAGGUGUGGCCGACAACCGUUGCCCGCGAACUCCAAUGCAAUAUUCCACGACAUCAAGGAUUAGGUUCUGCGGAUGAGCAGGGAGGUACAACCCGUUUAUGUCUGUGGGAAGAGAGUGACCUAUAGAGGCGCUCAAUAUUUAAUGUAUCUUUUGGGCCACAUGUUUGCCUGAAGAGAGCUGCUAAGGACUGUAAAGGAAGAUUCAUUGGUGAGGCUGUGAAUGCUAUCAACGAUUUCUUUUACGUAAAUGACGUCCUCGAGUCAGUAAGGACAGUAAUUGAAGAAAGCAAACAGAGUGAAAUGUCUGCUCAGUAAGCCGGGUUUAGAAGGACCAAAUGAAUGAGUAACAGUCGAGAGAUGCUGUCCGAAGUACCUGAUGCAGAGAGUGCGAAUCCAACCCCGGGUUUGGAACUCGAGAACCUUUAGUUUCAGUGAAAGAACGCUAGGUGUACAGUGGGAUUUAGAGAAACACCGACCACCUACAAAACGCAGAAUUCUGUCCGUAGUAAGUUUGCUGUAUGAUCCAAUGAGAUCUCUUUUCCCGGUUGUCUUGAAAGUUAAGAAGAUUAUGCAGAAAAUGGUGAAAUACCAGAAGAUUUGCAGAGCCACUAGAACAAGUGCAAGUGUGAGUUGGCUGCCUUAUCACAAUUUCAAGUAAUUACGAAGUCACAUGAUUGAUAGAACCGUACGUACUGGCCAUAUGAUAUUCCUUCACGUAUUCUUUGGAUGCUUCCAAAGACGGUUACUGAAAGUGCGUCUGUCAGAUUUUUUUAUCACUUUGAAAUUUUUAGAUGUCAUUGGAGUUUCGACUUGAAAUGUCAAGGAGUUCGCCAGUUAGACCUCUGUCACUUCCAAGGCUUAAGUUACAAGCAGCCACACUCUCUGUUAAGUACAGAGUGCUGAUCUCAAGUUAAGGAUGACCUGACGCACAAGAUUAGCAAGGUUAUUUUUUGGUCGGAUUCUCAGAGUGACGUUACAGUAUAUUAAGAAUGGAACCAAGCGAUGCGGUUGCCUUGCCCGACCAAUGGAGGUUUUGCUCAGGAAGGAUCAAUCUUGUCAAUGAUUCUUCACUUGGCUUUAACCCCAGAAACAUCUUGAAACAGAGGACUUGAGUUCCUUUGGGAGGUAGAGGAAUGCUGGCCAAGUGCAAAGUGUAGAGAAAUCCCAGAUAGCAUCUCAGAGGUGCAGACUUCAGCCAAAGUUCAACUUUGCACUAUACGAACGCACCGUACUGACG